UACAUAGAACUAACCUAGAGCCUAUGAACAAUUGGUUCCCAGCAUUGGACCAAACACCACACGUCUGGAAUCCAGGAAGUAGCUUACAGAGCCAGCCACUUCUCAGUGUUUGUGAAGAAAACAAGAUAUCAAUUUAUUCUCUCAGUAUAUGGUCAACAACUGAAGAUACAGAAGGGAAGAGAACAUAGACACUCACUAAAUCUCUUUCAAAUAAUUUUGUCUCUCUUUUGCAGGUGACUGAAAUAUGGAAGACGGAGACGGAUUUUUAUUCAAAUUUAAAGGAUAUUAUUUUUAUCGCAAAGGAAUUGAUAUUGACUUUAUAGAAAACUUAGAUAAUUUUGAAAUCAGAGAAGAUGAUGUCUUCAUAAUCACUUACCCUAAAUCUGGAACUGUCUGGCUUCAGCAGUUAUUAAGUCUGAUUUAUUUUGAGGAACAUCGCAGAGGCACUGGAAAACUGCAAACAGUGGAUCAGGUCCCCUUCUUUGAGUACAACUUUCGACAAUUGGAUUUUGGGAAAAGACCAUCUCCUCGUCUCUUCUCUACCCACCUCCCAUACAACUUGGUUCCAAGUGGGCUGAAGAACAAAAAAGGCAAAAUUAUUUACAUAUACAGAAACCCUAAGGAUGUUUUGUGCUCAUAUUUCCACUUUGGAACAAAUGUGAUAUUACAAGUUACAAGUACCUUUGAGAGAUUCAUGGAACAAUUUCUCGAAGGAAGAGUUAUAGGAAGCCUUUGGUUUGACCACAUCAAAGGUUGGUAUGAGCACAAAAGCCUCUUCAACAUUCAGUUCAUGAUGUAUGAGGAGAUAAACAAGGAUCUCAGAGGUUCUGUGUUAAAAAUCUGCAAGUUUCUGGGGAAAGAGUUGAGUGAGGAGAAUAUAGAUGCUGUCAUGACAAAGGCCACAUUUGAAAACAUGAAGUAUGACCCACUAGCAAAUUAUGACGAUAUAAUCAAAACUGCAUAUGGAAAGAAUGUAAAAGGUCAUUUCCUUCGCAAAGGUACCAUUGGAGACUGGAAAAAUCACAUGACUGUUGAGCAGAAUGAAAGGUUUGACAAGAUUUUCCAAAGGGAGAUGAAAGAUUUUCCCCUGAAGUUCAUCUGGGAUGUGAAUGAAGACUAGAAUGCUAAGCCAUACACAGAUAGUUUAAGAAAGCACUUUCAGAAGGAAAUAUAUCCAAUUGUACACUUUCAUCUUUGACUCUCAUUGAAUCAUUAUUGAAAAACCUCAGUGAUUAAUAAAUAUGAAUA